UAAGUACCUCAUCAUUCCGACCAUAAUCUUCCCUCAAUCACCACCUCCCUUAUCACAAUGCCCCACCAUCAUAACCAUCACGAAGACCUUGCUAGCGCACACGAUCAGGUCGUUAAUGCACCUCAUCAGGCAAAGCUCUCUCAUGAGUUGAUCGCUGCUGCGGCUUCUUACGAGGCCAUGAAAGCUUACAAUAACCACUGCGAGAAGAACGGCCAGCCUGUAAGCCACGAGAAGGCCAAGGAGCUCUUAGCCGCAUUUGGCGGAGCCUUCAUCGACCGCAUGGUCGAGACGAAGGGUUUGGACAUGUUAGACAAGCAAAAGGCCAAGCAUCAUGCGAAUGAAACUGCCUACGAGAAGUCUGGCUAUUAGUCGUCCGCAGCGACCUCAUGCAGUCCAAUACCCACCAAUAGCAUCAUUGAUCGUCAUGUAACAUGAGACAAAUGUCACCAUAAUAUAUACAAGCCUAAGGACUUUAUGAUAUGCAUCUGAUGAAAGAUAUAUAUAGAUACAGAUAA